AUGCUGAAGUUCUCAGUCCUACUGUUGGUCGCGACGGCGUCGGCCCAAAUACCAUCGUUGGGAUGGUGUCCGGACUAUCAGCCUAUGGCUAACUUCAACAUAAACCGUUUCCUCGGUUCGUGGUACGAAGCUGAGCGUUACUUCACUGUAUCUGAACUGGGAACCCGGUGUGUACGCACUAAGUAUGAGAGCACUCCCGAAGGCAGGAUUCUGGUAUCCAACGAAAUCACCAACUCUUUAACUGGAAUGAAGCGCGUAAUGGAUGGAUCUCUACAGCUGAUCGGCAGAGAGGGCGAAGGUCGCAUGAUCAUCAAGUACUCAGCUGUCCCGGCGCCGUAUGAUAACGAAUACAGCAUUUUGGACACCGACUAUGACAAUUACGCAGUAAUGUGGUCUUGCAGCGGCAUCGGACCUGUGCAUAUCCAAAAUGCUUGGAUCUUAACCCGUGAACGUCUCGCUGCGCCAAUGGUAAUGCAAAUUGCGUAUACCGUACUUGAGCGCUACAGGAUCUCAAGGACUUUCUUUGUGAAGACCAACCAGGCCGAUUGUUACAUCCUACCCAGCCCAGUAGCUGAUCCUAUGGAUAUUAAAAAUGACGUGAUUAUAGAUGCUAAGAGCGUCCCUGUGUCUCUUCCAACUGACGAUAAAGCUCCAGAACCUGAAAAGAAGGAAGAACCUGCUGUAGUAAAAUCUGAAAACAUUCAAGAGCGUUCAGGUAUCGCUGACAUUCCCGCUGAGGCUAAACCUAUGGAGAUGUCUGAAAAGAUGCCUGAGAAAAUGCCUGAAAAAAUGUUAGAGAAGAUGCCUGAAAAGAUGUCUGAGAAGAUGCCUGAAAAGAUGUCGGAAAAGAUGCCUGAAAAGAUGUCGGAAAAGAUGCCUGAAAAGAUGUCGGAGAAAAUGCCUGAAAAAAUGUUUGAAAAGAAAGAAGAAAAAUUAGAAAAACCAGAAGAAAUGAAAAAAGAAAAAUUAGAUGAAAUGAAAGAAAUUAAAGAAAAAAAAUCUCAA